AUGUCAGCGAGAGCUUCGAAGAGCCAGGACCCUGAGACCUCUGCCAAAAAGUCGAAACGAGGGGGAGCGGGAAAGGUCGCGGGACUGACCUGUUCCGGCUGCCGCAUCCGCAAGACCAAAUGCGAUGGAGCGAGCCCCACCAAUCACUCAGGUCCGCGAGAUGGCUCGGCGCCUGCGCGAGGCCGAGGAAACGAUACGUCUGCUUCAGGCCUACGCUCCACUUCCAAGAGUAGCAUUGACGACGCUGCUCCCUCGCACUACCCCUCGGACGUUUCUCUCUCCACAUCUGGACCACCGCCGCCACUGAUACCGGAUCCUCAAGCAUGGCGCUCUACCAGUGCGCCUCGGGCGCCGCCGAGCCCAUCACCUCUACUUUGGGAUGGGGAAGGACCCGCUAGGUCUCGCUCGUCCGAUAUACUACUUGAUCAUAAUGGAGAGCUGUCGUAUCACGGAGUCACGUCGGCGGUACAUGAUCCCGAUCGGACGAUACAGGUCGACGACUCGGUGGACCCCUCUCGCGAGGUCAGAGCCCAGUUGACGUUCGCUGUGGUCGACUCCCAGACGUACGAGCAAUUUGCUCUCGGAACCGUUGCUCUACAAGUUGAUCUACCGCGAGAAGUAAUCAGUCACCUCCUACAGCUAUACUGGACAUGGGUCGUACCCGCAUUCCAGUGGGUGUAUCGCCCUGCAUUCAUGCGCGACAUGUCUACGUCCGGUCCUUACUAUUCGCAAUUUCUCCUCCUCGUGAUCUGCGCCCAUGCGUCCCGCUUCUCGCCAGAGCGCCACAUCGGACCCAUGCUCGACGCUCGCGCCAAACUCCUCCUCGGCCAAGAGAUACAGAGACCUCCAUCCGUCCCGACCGUACAGGCACUCCUCCAGCUCAGUGCGAGGGAGCUGGCGUGCGGCUCGAUAUCGCAGUCUUGGCUCUACAGCGGGAUGGCAUUCCGGAUGGCAGGGGAUAUGGGUCUGCAGCAGAGCUACGAGCGGGUCCAUCAUCUCGGUCAUUUGAACGCGGAGGAUCUGGAGAUACGAAGGCGGCUGUUUUGGAGCUGUUACUUUUGGGACAAAUGUAUCAGCCUGUACCUGGGUAGAUCGCCCGUGAUGCUGGAGACACCUCAGAGUGCUCAUACUGCUCUCGAUAAGUCUGACGACGACGAUCUCUGGUCACCUCCCGACGACGUUCUGUCCGACUAUCCUCAAUCUCGCGCCUAUACCGUCUCCAGCUUUGAGAAUUCCUGUCGCCUGGCAGUCCUAAUAAACGAGGUUAUCCAACAACUGUACUCCCAUACUGCGCCCGCCACACCACCCAUAGAGCUACUCGGCAAGCUCAAUACAUGGCGAGCAACUACGCCCGCACACCUACGACUUGACGCCGAGACUCUGCCCAGCGUGUCUCCUCCGCCUCAUAUACUUACGCAAAAUCUACUAUACUUCACUACCGUCAUCCUCCUCCACCGCCCUUUCCUGCCCUCUUCUACUCAUCGUCAAGCCUGCCGGACUGCGGCGAACAACAUCGAAAGCCUGAUCAGCCUCCUCGUCUCCACAUUCGGCGUCGGCUACAUCAGCUACAUACAGGCAUACUGCAUCUAUACUGCCGCCAGCGUCCUCGUCCCUGAUGCCAAUGCGGGCGACCCCAUCGCGGUGACUCGGCUUCACAUCUUGCUUGAUGUCUUACGCGGGGGUCUCACCACCUGUCCCGUCUUCAAGCGGAGUCUGGACAUUAUCAAUCACAACUACGUUCCGCCCACUCGCUCGCAAGCUGUCUCGGAGACAUCAGUCGACACUUGGCCAGCGGCCGACACCGCGCGAAAUCAAUUCCAACCAUUCACGCAGCCCAUCUCGGCACCCGCUGUCCCAUCGGCGGAAUCAACCUUCACCUUUGGUCCUACCGCUCCGCUCAAUUACAUGCCGGCUUUCCCUUGCUUGGGUAUGGGCUUGGGCGGGGACGACGGGCCGUUCAUGCCCAGUACCUUGGACUCGGAUCUGAACUUCCUGGACUGCUUUCCUGAGAGCAAUAUGGCGGCUGGUGACUGGUUUUUGAAUAUCUGA